AUGGAUGCUUUGGCAGAUGCAUCUCAAGAUGAUAUCGAACAGUCUCUGUAUGUCAACCAACAACAACAACAAGAUGAAUCUAAUAGAUAUCAUGUUAUUACUAUUGGACAACAGGUAGUUAGGAAAACAAAGAGAUCCCCAUCAUCAUUGGUAUCAUCGACAUUUGACAAGACAACUCAACCAAAAACAAUAUUAUCAGUUCUAAAGUAUGCACAUUUACUUCAGUAUAUGUACUUGUACUAUACGGAGCAAUAUGAUAAUCCAUACUUUUUAGUUUUGUUUGUGUCUACCAUUGUCGAUAUGUUUGUAGCACAUACUCUACAUGGAAUGAUAUUCGAGUCGGUCUAUUCAUUGUUGGUCAUUACUGUCUAUUAUUACAACGCUGCCAUUAUGCAAGUGACUCCUAUCUUUAGACUGGCCAUCUUUUUCGCAUCGUUGCAUUCAAUUCGAGUAAUCUAUCUAGACUUGUUAAUGGAACAGAAUGACAUUAUCACCGAACGAGUUGAUGCCCCAACCCUACACAUUGACGAAGAACAAAUAAUAAUCGCACCCAAUAACAAUUAUAAUAUUAGUAUUAAUGAUAACCAAUCAUUUGAAUUAUUAAUGGGACCACAAUACGAGCAUAUAGAAUAA